AGACAGUUCAUCAAAUUGCAUUGUUUGAAGCUGAAAAGAAAGGGGAGAACUUGAUGAAUGCUAUAGAUGUUCAAAAGAAGUGUGUUGUACACCACCAUGGUGGUAUCUUGUUUCAGCUUGAAAAUGCACUGCAUGAUGUUCAAGAGGAACAAGGCCAGAUCAAGCUGAGUUCGGAGUUAAAGUUGGCCAAUUCAAAUUCUGUGGUUGUUGGAAUUGAGGAGAAAUCCUUUGAGGUUGACAAAAGGAUGUGUGCUGCUGAAGCCAAGCUAGCCGAGGUGAACAGGAAAAAUACAGAAUUGGAGAUGAAACCGUGAGAGUUGGAUGCUUGUGAAAGUUUGAUCCAGAGGGAAUGCUUCUCA